CCGUCCAUCUCAUCUCGCCACACCGCCGCCACAACCACCACCAGCAACACACACACAGCAGCCCAGCCAAUCUCGCCGGAGAAAGAAGAGUCGACGAUGUCGGGCCGCGGCAAGGGAGGGAAGGGGCUGGGCAAGGGAGGCGCCAAGCGCCACCGGAAGGUGCUGCGCGACAACAUCCAGGGCAUCACCAAGCCGGCCAUCCGCCGUCUGGCUCGCCGGGGCGGCGUGAAGCGCAUCUCGGGGCUCAUCUACGAGGAGACCCGCGGCGUGCUCAAGAUCUUCCUCGAGAACGUCAUCCGCGACGCCGUCACCUACACCGAGCACGCCCGCCGCAAGACCGUCACCGCCAUGGACGUCGUCUACGCCCUCAAGCGCCAGGGCCGCACCCUCUACGGAUUCGGCGGCUAGGUCACGCCGGUCCUGUCGAAUCCACCUCGCGCCGCCAGAUUCGUAGCUAGCUAGCCAUGGUUUGUUCAGUGUUCAUGGUCUUCGGUGUAAUGGAAUGGCCGCAUCUCGCUGCUGUCUGUUGUUUCGGUGUAUCGCUAGCGUGGAAUGGAAAUCUCAGCAUUUUAUCCCCGAAUU